AUCGUGUUCUCUGCCUGUCGGUCAUUUAUCAUUAUUAAGUUACGAAUGUCCAGUUUCUAGUGUCGGUAGGAAAUUAACUACAAUGACUGACAACUCGUUGUUUUUCUCGUAUCGCUAAUGCCUCGUCGUCGUUCGAGCAUUGUUUAGAUCCGAAAGAACUCGCAGAAUAAUGGGUUUACUCGCAAUUACGAACGAAAGCGAUAAAAUCGACGAAUACGUACGAAUACGUACGAAUACGUACGAAUACGUACGAAUACGAUUCGAUACGAUUCACCAGCGAUUCAGCGUGUUGUAUUUUUAGCACGUGUCAUCAUCUUUCCAAAAGAACGCUUGACCCGAGUUACGUAAUCCUUAUCAAAUUCAGAAAUUUGUCUGGUAACGGCGAUCGCAUAGGGAACGAAUCAGAGAGAAUCGUGGUAAGAAGGAAGAACCGAAAUGCCAAGGGAUCGAGGAGAUCGAUCUAUGAAAUUGCUCGACGAUGGAUAGAUUCGGUUUCCUCGCGAUACCUCUCGCUUGUCGGAGGAAAUUUCAUGGACUCGAGGAACACGUUGGCAAACCACGCGUCGGCUGAACCUUGCUCGAGAGAUGUCCAGUUGUUUUCUAUCCUGUGGAGUUGCAGUUCGCGCGGUUCGUCGUUUCGACGUUUCAACGUUCGUCGACGAAAUACAAUGAAAAUGCUCGAGGAAAAUUGACGAAACUAGAAGAACAAUGCAAAAUUGUUACGACGACGAGGAAAACGGCGUCGUCCACAAGGAUGCGGUGAUUAUAGGAAAUGGACCGAGCGGUAUAUGCGUUUCUUACAUGCUCGCUGGAAAUUGGCCGUACUACACCGGCGAGCCGCAUCCCGGGGACGAGAUGUUGACCGCUAGGUUGCAUUGGACCACUACGCACGGCGAAGAAGAAGCCGAGAGGAAUAACGUAACGGGCAACAGACGCAACAACGGCCAGAACAGGCUGGAGGAGUACGACAGGAAAAGCCAAGAUGGGUGUUUGGCGCGCAGCACGCGACGCAAACUCAAGUGCCUCUCCUCCGGGCUGGAGGGCAGAGUCGGCGGCCGGCCGUUGGCUCUCCUGAUGGACCAGCUGCAACAUCCCUGCGUGGACAGUGGCCUCGACGUGCCGUCCCUUCUCGCGUGGAAGUCCGCCGAGCAGAAUUCCGAGCACAAACCGAUCGACCACGUGGUGCUCGGCAAGAGCCCGCCCGGCGGCACUUGGCAGUCGAUGGAUCCGAACGUGUUGACCAUCAGUUUGAAUCGGUGGAUGUCGCUGCCCGAUCUGGAUAUCAGGCAGUGGGAGACGAUGCUGGAGUCCGAGCAGCUCUGGAAAAGCAGGAAGACGGACGGCGAACCGUACGCGCACGAGUUUGACGAGAACCCGACCGUGUGCAAAACGGCUAGCAGAAUCUCUGCCGGAACAGUGGCCGCCUACUACAACGACUACGUACAGAGAAAAGGAUUGAAAGAGUACUUCCGAUGCGGGACCACGGUCACUUCCGUGAGAGAAGACGCACGGUACGGAUGGACGGUGGAGGGAUUCGAGACAGAAACUGGAAAACCGUUCAGAUAUCGAUGCAAAACGGUGAUCCUUGCCACAGGCAGCACAGACUCGCCGAAUCGGCUAGGCGUGCCCGGCGAGGACGCGCAUCCCGAGUGGGUCACGCACUAUCUGAACGAUCUCGAGUCGAAAUUGGAUCGACUGCUCGAUCGACUGCUCGAUCGACGGACGAACAUCGACUCCGGUUUUCCCUGGAGCCGUGCCGAUCCGUCUUCGUUCCAGCUGAAAAACGGCCACCACGAUUCCGUUUCGCACGAGCAUUCCGCGAAACGAAUCGAACCCGUCCUCGUGAUCGGCGGUGGUCUGAGCGCGGCCGACGCGAUCAUGGCCGCUCGUUUCCGAGGCAUACCCGUGCUGCACGCGUUCCGAGACACCACCACCGAUUGGGCGAAGUCGGAAGACGAAAAGCCGCAGCGCGUCAAGUACGAGAAACUGCUCGGUCUGCCCAGUUCCAUGUACCCCGAGUACCAUAAAGUUUACGAGAUGAUGGCCGACGGAGGUAGCAAUUAUCCGCUGUACAGAGCGUUGCCGGGAUACACGCUGCGCGAGUUGUGCGUAAACGGGAACGAUCGCAUCGCGGACACCGCGUCCGAACUGCGAACCGCCACGCUCUCGUCCCCGGAAGGUCGCGUCUGCACCUUCCGCGUCUCGAUCGUCGCCAUAUUGAUCGGCUAUAAACCAGACUUGUCCUAUCUGGAAGCUGGCGGCGUCGGUCUCGGAAAAGUUGCCAAUAAACCUAUCGACUGCAAAUCGAACCCGAUAGAGGUCGACGAUUUCACGUACGAGGUGAUCAAGGCGCCGAGAUCCGGUCUUUACGCUCUGGGUCCGUUGGUCGGCGAUAACUUUGUGCGUUACAUACUUGGUGGAGCGUUCGGAAUUUUAGUCCAUACGUUGAGGAGAUCCACCACCUGAGGCUGCCCUUCGAUAUUCACCGCUGAUCGUUCAUCUUUCACUCGUUACAGUUCGCGAAUGCGAUCAUGACCAUGACCAUGAUCGCGACGGCAGGCGCGAUCGAUGACAUAGAGAUACCCGUAUAGAUACACAUAAUAGAGGUAUCGUACUACAGAUACAUAGAUAGACGAAAACAAGGGAUUCGAUUGUACUCUUUACAGGGUAGUAUUUUUUUAAAUGCUCAAUCUAUGUACAAAGCCCUUAGAUAGUCGAAUAACGCGUCCAUUGAGUAGACGCGGUCGAACACGAUCAAUGAUAAGAAGAAGGUACUUUUAGAGGUAAAGCUAUCUCGUAACGUUACUCAUACCUUAAAAUAUCGCAGAUCACGUAAACCAGAAUAUUGCGUUUAUCGAUCUUUCCAUUUAUUAACACAUUUUCGAGUCAAUUGAAUGCGAUACGAUAUUUACGUUAACAAUGCGUAGAAUUGUAAUGUUCGUACGUGCCUUUACUUAAAUACUUUUCUCUUAUUAAAGAAGGAGGAUAACAUUUACACAAAAGCGUUUAGCUUGAUCGCGAAUCUUUUCUCUUUUAUUUAGGAAUUCAUUCAUGAAAAUGGCUCCUAUCGCCGUACUUACGAUAUAUUUUAUUACCAUAUAAAUUAUUGUAUUUUGAAACUAAAUGAACAUUUCAACUGGUAGAAAGUGAGAAGUGUAACACGAAUACGCGCGUCACGAAUCGGACGCGCACGGUGACACGCCAAUGAAAACUUUCUUUCGACUA